AGCAGGAGGGGGUUGGCUACCAGGACUCCUGGGUUCUAUCCCCAGUGCUAUGAGGGGAGUGGGAUCUAGUGGUUUGGAGGAGGAGGGAGCUGGCUACCAGGACUCCUGGCUUGCUCUGGCAGCUGAUAAUCCUGUUCUCCUCUGAAGGAGCCGAGAAGAUGAGUUCAAAAGUUUACAUCCCGCUGGUUCUCACUGUCUACAUCUUCACCUUCCUGACCGGCCUCCCAUGCAACCUCCUGGCCUUCUACACUUUCCUGGUGAAGGUCCGCCAGAAAACCACCCCCAUCGACAUCCUUCUCCUCAACCUCACCAUAUCCGACAUCUUCCUCCUCAUCUUCCUCCCCUUCAAGAUGGUUGAGUCUGCCUCAGGCAUGGAGUGGCUCUUGCCUGCAUUCCUCUGCCCACUCACCAACUACUUCUACUUCAAUAGCAUCUACAUCAGCUCCCUCUUCCUCAUGGCCGUCAGCGUUGAUCGCUACCUGGGGGUGGCCUUUCCCAUCAAGUACAAGCUCCGGCGCCGUCCAGCUUAUGCUAUCGCCACCUCCGUGGUUUUCUGGGUAGUCACCUGUGCCCACUGCAGUUUUGUCUACAUUGUCCAAUACGAGGUCCUGAGCCCCAAUGGGACUGCAACCUCCAAUAACAUGUCCCGCUGCUACGAAGAUUUCUCCCCUACACAGCUCCAGAUCCUGCUCCCUGUCCGGCUGGAGUUCUUCAUCGUCCUCUUCUGCCUUCCCUUCACUGUCACUAUCUUCUGCUACGUCAACCUCAUCCGCAUCCUGGUGGCCCUGCCCAACAUCCCAGUCCAGAGGAAGCAGCGGGCCAUGGGCCUGGCUCUGGCCACCUUGUUCAACUUCAUAGUCUGCUUCACCCCCUUCAACCUGUCCCACGUGGUGGGCUUUGUCCAGAACAAGAGCCCCUCCUGGAGGGUGUACGCUCUUCUCCUCAGCACCCUCAACGCUGCCCUGGAUCCCGUCAUCUUCUACUUCUCCUCCAGUGCCGUCCAACGGGCCUUCACCAACUGCCUGGCCACCCUGUGGCACAAACUCAGCACCAUCUUGACCCGGUGCCAUCUCCACUGCUUCACUCGCUGCGGGGAAGGGGGCAGCAAAUUGAAGGCGGCCAGUGGGAAAAUGGUUGAGGAGUCGACAACUUGA